AUGUCUGGCGGCUACGGCGGCGGUGGUUACGGCGGCGGUGGUGGUGGCUACGGUGGCGGCGGCGGCGGCUAUGGCGGUGGUGGUGGUGGUGGUUACGGCGGCGGUGGUCGCGGCGGCUACGGUGGUGGUCGCAACGACCGCGACCGUGGUGAUGACCGUGGUGGCUACGGCGGCGGCGGCGGCUAUGGCGGCGGUUACGGUGGUGGCGGCGGCUACGGUGGUGGUGGUGGUGGUGACCGCAUGUCCAACCUCGGUGCCGGUCUGCACAAGCAGGAGUUCGUUCGAAAAAGUCCUUCUACAAGGAGCACCCCGAUGGUGCUGCUCGCAGCGACGCCGAGGUCGAAGUCCUUCCGCAAGAAGCACCAGAUGACCAUUGCUGGCAACGACAUCCCCAAGCCCGUCGAGACCUUCGACGAGGCCAACUUCCCUCGCUACGUUAUCGACGAGGUCAAGGCCCAGGGCUUCCCUGCGCCCACUGCCAUUCAGUCCCAGGGCUGGCCCAUGGCCCUCUCCGGUCGCGACGUCGUCGGUAUUGCCGAGACGGGUUCCGGAAAGACGCUCACUUACUGCCUUCCUGCCAUCGUCCACAUCAACGCCCAGCCUCUCCUCGCCCCCGGCGACGGCCCCAUCGUCCUCGUCCUCGCGCCCACCCGUGAGCUGGCUGUCCAGAUUCAGCAGGAGAUUGCCAAGUUCGGCAAGUCGUCCCGCAUCCGCAACACGUGCGUCUACGGUGGUGUCCCUAAGGGCCCUCAGAUCCGCGACCUGUCUAGGGGUGUCGAGGUCUGCAUCGCCACGCCCGGACGUCUCAUCGACAUGCUCGAGGCUGGCAAGACCAACCUUCGUCGCGUCACCUACCUCGUUCUCGACGAGGCUGAUCGCAUGCUUGACAUGGGUUUCGAGCCCCAGAUUCGCAAGAUCAUCUCGCAGAUCCGUCCCGACAAGCAGACUGUCAUGUGGUCCGCCACGUGGCCCAAGGAGGUCCGCGCCCUCGCCAGCGACUUCCUCGACGACUUCAUCCAGGUCAACAUCGGCUCCAUGGACCUCGCCGCCAACCACCGUAUCACCCAGAUUGUCGAGGUUGUCUCGGAGAGUGAGAAGCGCGACCGCAUGAUCAAGCAUCUCGAGAAGGCCAUGGAGAACAAGGAGAACAAGGCCCUCGUCUUCGUCGGCACCAAGCGCGUCGCUGACGAGAUCACCCGCUUCCUCCGCCAAGACGGCUGGCCCGCCCUGUCCAUCCACGGCGACAAGCAGCAGAACGAGCGUGACUGGGUCCUCGACCAGUUCAAGACGGGCAAGAGCCCCAUCAUGGUGGCCACGGACGUGGCUUCGCGUGGUAUCGUCAAAGACACAGCCCGAUGUAUUCGGCUGUCGUCCCCGGUUCCAUGCUGGAACGUUGCUACACAAACCCCCGUGACCCGCAUGCUAACCCGCUUGCCUCAAGAUGUCCGCAACAUCACUCACGUCAUCAACUACGACUACCCCAACAACUCGGAGGACUACAUCCACCGUAUCGGCCGUACUGGUCGUGCCGGUGCCACGGGUACCGCCAUCACCCUCUUCACCACUGACAACUCCAAGCAGGCUCGUGACCUUGUCAACGUUCUACGUGAGGCCAAGCAGGAGAUUGACCCUCGCCUCGCUGAGAUGACCCGCUUCGGUGGUGGUGGUGGUGGCGGUCGCUACGGCGGAUGGCGUGGCGGCCGCGGCGGCGGUAGAGGUAGGUCGCGCUACUGAACGCCGAGGGGACGGUUUUGUUGACAAACAAUCCUAGCCAACGCCAACAGCCAGCCCAUGGGAAACCGCCGCUGGUGAUCGUGUAGACGUGUCGUCCCGGACGCGCGCCUCGUGCCACCCUGGGGCCUCAUCAUACCCCCCUAAAAGCAUUUAUGGAUUCAAACAAACCCGGCGUUAGGUUUAGAGGAUGGAUGGAUUAGACUUUGACCUCCAUGUCCUACGUCUGGCAGGGUUCGCCAGGCGUUUUUUUUUAUUCUGUUUCACUUUUAUUCCCUUGCUAUUCAAAGUUGUUGCGCGCUCGGGUAUUGCAUCGAGACUUGAGAUGAGUAAGGAGAGGUGGCUAUGGCUGUCGUGGUCGUCGCUCAUAGAAGGAGGCUAUUCGGGUUGUUUCCAGAUAGUCCAAUGAGCCGCAGUAAUGCUUACGACGAUUG